UGAAAAGGGCGAGUGCUUUCCUUGAGCAUGUCCCUUUACUGUAUAGAUUAUUAUUAAAUAGGACACGUGUGCUUUUAAUGCAGUUACUGGUUUAUUAAGCAUGAGUUAUAAUACAUUUCUGUUAAAUAACACAUCAUAAUAUAAGCUUAUUAUUCUAUUUUCCUAUUAAAAAAGUCAUGUCGCAUGUAUCUUUUGUAACGCACCUCUGAAACGUCACAUUUAACCGACAGCCGAUGGUAAACGUGACGUCACAUCGAUGGGACGCUCCGCUGUCGUGAUCUGAAAAAGAAAGAAUUUGACAAAACCUAGUUUUAGUGAUUAUUUUACGCACCGUUUACGCAACAGGCUGCCGGUACAGGAUACCUGACGGCUGACGUCAAACUGCAGGUGGUCACCAUGUUGUGUGUGGGGAGGGCGGUGAGGUCCGGCAUCUUGCAGCUUCCUGCACGACUCUCUGUACUCGGGACGUUCUCAGGAGUUGGGUUUCCUUCAGGACUCAGGAGGCUCUCAGGACUCGGAUCGCCUUCAGGAGUCGAGAUGUUCUCAGGAGUCAGAAGGCUUUCAGAUCUAGGGUCGCCGGCAGGAGUCAGGAGGCUCUCCGGUGGUGCAGCAGGCUGGUACAGCAGCCUUUCAGACUCCGCUCCGGUUCACUUGUGUGAGCGGUUCUUGGUGAGCGUGCAGCAGGUAAGCGGGCUCCCGUGGUGGCUGGCCAUCAUUGUUGCCACGCUAUCGGUCAGGACGCUCAUCACUCUGCCACUCGCCACCUACCAGAUGGUCAUAAUCGCCAAGGUGGAGGCACUGCAGGCAGAGAUCUCGGAGCUGGCAAAGAGACUUCGAUAUGAAGUUUCAUUCAGAGCAAAAGAGAGAGGCUGGACAGAAAAACAGAGCCGAUUUCAAUUCAAGAAAAAUCUGCGUCGUAUUGUUUCUCAGCUCUACAUCAGAGACAACUGUCAUCCCUUCAAAGCCAGCCUGCUGAUCUGGGUUCAGCUGCCCUUGUGGAUUAGCCUGUCUCUGGCCCUCCGAAACCUGAGUCUGGAUCAGUCUGUUCUGCAGACUGAUAUGGCAUCAGGAGGCGCCCUUUGGUUCCCUGACCUCACCUCACCUGACUCUACAUGGAUCCUACCUAUCUGUCUUGGACUCACUAAUCUGCUCAUUGUAGAGGUGUUUUCUCUUCAGAGAGUCAGCCCAUCUCGGUUUCAGAGGAUUGUGACAAACUCCGUCAGGGCUGUAUCGGUGUUGAUGAUUCCCAUCGCGGCUACAGUUCCUUCAUCAAUGGCGCUUUACUGGCUCACCUCCAGUCUGGUGGGAUUUGGUCACAACCUCAUCCUUCGUUCUCCAGCGAUCCUCAAAAUCCUCAAGCUCCAAACGGUCCAAUCGGAAUCCCCAUACAGAGACAUUCUGUCUGCCUUCAUCAGCAAAUACUUCAAAUAACCUAGUACUUCUAGGAUUUCUGUCCCAGUCUCUUUUUAUUUUAAUUUAGUUUUUGCUGUUUAGAGAAGAUGUGAUAAAAUGUUAUAUAAAGCUGGAGUACUCUGAUAUAACGUGUGUGUGUGUGUGUGUGUGUGUGUGUGUGUGUGUGUGUGUGUGUGUGUACACACUGUAUGUACUCUAUAGACUGAACAGAUCCAUGCUGCUCUUUGGGAAGAGAACUAAAGUUCAAUCAAUAACUGGAAAUAAAACAGGAAAAAUAAAUCAGACAUGAGAACA